GUCAUAUGGCUGUGGAUUGGGUCCUGGUGUACAGGAUAACUGUAUAUAAGGCCUGGGUUCUCCUACUCUAACUUCACUCACUGAGUCCAAGAAGAACCAGAAGCACCCAUGAUGAAGUGGGCUGUCGUCCUGUGUGCCCUAGUGGUCCUCUCCGAGUGUAAUACCAAGUAAGUCCCAGUCCUGUUCUACUCUUCUUUUUUAUUUUAUUUUCUGUCUGAAUAUUCUGUUUAUUGUUGUCAGCACCAUUUCACCAGGUCAAAUUCCUGGUACAUGUAAUUGGCGAAUAAAGGUGAUUGUGAUUGUGUGUUUUUAGGAUCUCUCUGAUCAAGGGGAAGACUGCCAGAGAGACCCUGAUGGAGAAGGGUAUAUGGGAGGAGACCAGGCUGAAGUUCCCCUACAACCCUAUGGCCAAGUUCUACCAGACCGGUGAUGAGGCUAUGACCAACGACGCUGAUGUAAGGCAGAGACAGAAGCAAUAUGAUGAUAUACUGUAUUAGCCUGGUGACUGAUCCCAGAUCUGUUUUUGCUGUAUAGUCAAUGACCAAGGGAGUUGUCUACAGUGAAUUCGGAACGGAAAGUAUUCAGACCCCUUGACUUUUUCCACAAUUUAUGACGUUACAAGCCUUAUUCUAAAAUUGCUUAAAUAAGAAUUGUCCCCAUAAUGACAAAGCGAAAACGUUUUUAUUUUAUUUUGCAAAUGUAUAUAUAUAUAUAUAUAUAUAUAUAUAUAUAUAUAUAUAUAUAGAUAUAUAUAUAUAUAUAUAUAUAAAACAUUUCUCUUCUAAUCCCUUAUAUAGAUAAGUAUUCAGACCCUUUGCUAAGAGACUUGAAAUUGAGCUCAGGUGCAUCCUGUUUCCAUUGAUCAUCCUUGAGAUAUUUCUACAACAUGAUUGGAGUCCACCUGUGGUAAAUUAAAUUGAUUGGAAAGGUACACACCUGUCCAUAUAACAUCCCACAGUUGACAGUGCAUGUCAGAGCAAAAACCAAGCCAUGAGUUCAAAGGAAUUAUCCGUAGAGCUCCGAGACAGGAUUGUGUCGAGGCACAGAUCUGGGUAACGGUACCAAAACAUUUCUGCAGCAUUGAAGGUCCCCAAGAACACAGUGGUCUCCAUCAUUCUGAAAUGGAAGCCGUUUGGAAACACCAACACUCUUCCUAGAGCUGGCCGCCAGGCCAAACUGAGCAAUUGGGGAGAAGGGCCUUGGUCAGGGAGGUGACCAAAAACCUGAUGGUCACUCUGACAGAGCCAAUCAGGCCUUUAGGGUAGAGUGUCCAGACGGAAGACACUCCUCAGUAAAAUGAACAUGACAGCCUGCUUGGAGUUUGCCAAAGGCAUCUAAAGACUAUCAGACCAUGAGAAACAAGAUUCUCUGGUCUGAUGAAACCAAGACUGGACUCUUUGGCCUGAAUGCCAAACGUCACGUCUUGGAGGAAACCUGGCACCAUCCAAAUGCACUGUAUACAACACAAACAGACCUGGGACCAGGCUAGUCUAUAGACUAUAUGAUUAUUGUUUCAAAAAUGUCAUUACAUGUUGGAUAUUGUGACUGCAUAGUUUGAACCCAUUGACUCUACAGUUUGUGUUCAUGUCUUGCUUAAAUUGAAUGUUCACUGGCAUGAUCAAAUUAAUUAUGAGCUUAGAGUUGAGCAUAUAGCCAUGCUUCUUGACAUGUAACUAGCUACAUAGUUAGACAAAUGCCUGUUUCUUCAUAGUACUCUGACAUGUUCACUUGUUUGACCCUGACUUACAGUACAUCUCUGUUUCAACGUCUCUCUGCAGUUGUCCUACUAUGGUGUGAUCUCCAUUGGAACCCCUCCCCAGUCCUUCAACGUCAUCUUUGACACUGGCUCCUCCAACCUGUGGGUUCCCUCCACCUACUGCUCCAGCCAGGCCUGCCGUGAGUAUAUUGUAGGGGUCUGGAAAAUACUGUUGGCGUUGGAGAAUAGCUAUAUUUCAAAUUGUUUCUGAGUAGUCUCUUGUGACAGAGUUGCAAAAAACUGUUUCAUAUUGAGUACCUAGCCAGAGAAUGGGAGACUUGGUUGUGGGUUGAGGUUAGGGGCUGAUGGGAGCACCUUGAGAUUUACAGCAUAAAGGGGUUCGCUCAACACAAUGAAACAAUAGAAUAGGAGGAAUGUAUUUUUGUAUUGUCCCAUUUAGAGCGUGGAUUGUGGAAAAUAGCUCAAUACCAACGAAGAAAUGAAUGUUCAGUUUUGCAAUGGCAUGGUUUGUACCUAACGAAGAUGUUCAUGUUUUGAAUAGAGAACCAUGCCGAAUUCAACCCUGCACAGUCUAGCACCUUCUCAUGGGCCAACAAGCCUGUUUCCAUUCAGUACGGAACUGGCAGCAUGACUGGACAGCUGGCAUACGACACUGUUUCAGUAUGUAAAUGUAGCUAGCUACACAUUAUUGUGAUACAUUUUUAAUUGACACUUUCAAAUACAACAUACUGUACAUUACAUACAUUACAACCCCCAAAUAAUAUUCCACUCAACACCCGUCCUCCCCUAACGGUCCCAUUUUAUAACAUCACAUGCUAUAAACAAUACCCAAGCAUAUUAGUAACUGACUCCAGUAGAUUCAGCAAAGAAAUAUAAUUACUAUUUUGGGUACACUCAAUAUGGCCUCCGGUCCACACAUCACCAAAAAACUGACUUGAAUGGGAAAACCCAUUCUAGUAAUUCUAUUUCUAUGGUGCCCAGUGACUGAUGCCUGCUGUUCUGUGUUUUCAGGUGGGAGGUAUCUCUGUUACUCAGCAGAUCUUUGGUGCCAGUCAGACCGAGGCUCCCUUCAUGGCCAACAUGGUUGCCGACGGUAUCCUGGGCCUGGCUUUCCCCAACCUGGCAGCCUCUGGGGCCACACCCGUCUUUGACAACAUGAUGACCCAGGGCCUGGUGUCCCAGAACCUCUUCUCUGUCUACCUGAGCGGGUAACAUAGUAACUGUACAAAUACACCUGGAUGGGAGGUGGCAUUUUCUCUUAGUUGUGAUAUUAAUAAAUCAAAUCAAAUCAAAUCAAAUCAAAUUUUAUUGGUCACAUGCGCCGAAUACAACAGGUGCAGACAUUACAGUGAAAUGCUUACUUACAGCCCUUAACCAACAGUGCAUUUAUUUUAAACAAAAAAGUAAGAAUAAAACAACAACAAAAAAGUGUUGAGAAAAAAAGAGCAGAAGUAAAAAUAAAGUGACAGUAGGGAGGCUAUAUAUACAAUAGAAUAAAGUGACAGUAGGGAGGCUAUAUAUACAGGGGGGUACCGUUGCAUAGUCAAUGUGCGGGGGCACCGGCUAGUUGAGGUAGUUGAGGUAAUAUGUACAUGUGGGUAGAGUUAAAGUGACUAUGCAUAAAUACUUAACAGAGUAGCAGCAGCGUAAAAAGUAUGGGGUGGGGGGGCAGUGCAAAUAGUCCGGGUAGCCAUGAUUAGCUGUUCAGGAGUCUUAUGGCUUGGGGGUAGAAGCUGUUGAGAAGUCUUUUGGACCUAGACUUGGCACUCCGGUACCGCUUGCCGUGCGGUAGCAGAGAGAACAGUCUAUGACUAGGGUGACUGGAGUCUUUGACAAUUUUGAGGGCCUUCCUCUGACACCGCCUGGUAUAGAGGUCCUGGAUGGCAGGGAGCUUUGCCCCUGUGAUGUACUGGGCCGUACGCACUACCCUCUGUAGUGCCUUGCGGUCAGAGGCCAAGCAGUUGCCAUACCAGGCGGUGAUGCAACCAGUCAGGAUGCUCUCGAUGGUGCAGCUGUAGAAUUUUUUGAGGAUCUGAGGACCCAUGCCAAAUCUUUUUAGUCUCCUGAGGGGGAAUAGGCUUUGUCGUGCCCUCUUCACGACUGUCUUGGUGUGUUUGGACCAUGAUAGUUCGUUGGUGAUGUGGACACCAAGGAACUUGAAGCUCUCAACCUGUUCCACUACAGCCCCGUCGAUGAGAAUGGGGGCGUGCUCAGUCCUCUUUUUUUUCCUGUAGUCCCACAAUCAUCUCCUUUGUCUUGGUCACGUUGAGGGAGAGGUUGUUGUCCUGGCACCACACGGCCAGAUCUCUGACCUCCUCCCUAUAGGCUGUCUCAUCGUUGUCGGUGAUCAGGCCUACCACUGUUGUGUCGUCGGCAAACUUAAUGAUGGUGUUGGAGUCGUGCCUGGCCAUGCAGUCAUGGGUGAACAGAGAGUACAGGAGGGGACUGAGCACGCACCCCUGAGGGGCCCCCGUGUUGAGGAUCAGUGUGGCAGAUGUGUUGUUACCUACCCUUACCACCUGGGGGCGGCCCGUCAGGAAGUCCAGGAUCCAGUUGCAGAGGGAGGUGUUUAGUCCCAGGAUCCUUAGCUUAGUGAUGAGCUUUGAGGGCACUAUGGUGUUGAAUGCUGAGCUGUAGUCAAUGAAUAGCAUUCUCACGUAGGUGUUCCUCUUGUCCAGGUGGGAAAGGGCAGUGUGGAGUGCGAUAGAGAUUGCAUCAUCUGUGGAUCUGUUGGGGCGGUAUGCAAAUUGGAGUGGGUCUAGGGUUUCUGGGAUUAUGCUGUUGAUGUGAGCCAUGACCAGUCUUUCAAAGCACUUCAUGGCUACAGACGUCAGUGCCACGGGUCGGUAGUCAUUUAGGCAGGUUAUCUUAGAGUUCUUGGGCACGGGGACUAUGGUGGUCUGCUUGAAACAUGUUGGUAUUACAGACUCAGUCAGGGACAUGUUGAAAAUGUCAGUGAAGACACUUGCCAGUUGGUCAGCACAUGCUCGGAGUACACGUCCUGGUAAUCCGUCUGGCCCUGCGGCCUUGUGAAUGUUGACCUGCUUAAAAGUCUUACUCACAUCGGCUACGGAGAGCGUGAUCACAUAGUCGUCCGGAACAGCUGGUGCUCUCAUGCAUGCUUCAGUGUUGCUUGCCUCGAAGCGAGCAUAGAAGUGGGUUUAGCUCGUCUGGUAGGCUUGUGUCACUGGGCAGCUCGCGGCUGUGCUUCCCUUUGUAGUCUGUAAUAGUUUUCAAGCCCUGCCACAUCCGACGAGCGUCAGAGCCAGUGUAGUAUGAUUCAAUCUUAGACCUGUAUUGACUCUUUGCCUGUUUGAUGGUUCGUCGGAGGUCAUAGCGGGAUUUCUUAUAAGCGUCCGGGUUAGAGUCCCGUUCCUUGAAAGCGGCAGCUCUACCCUUUAGCUCAGUGCGGAUGUUUCCUGUAAUCCAUGGCUUCUGGUUGGGGUAUGUACGUACGGUCACUGUGGGGACGACAUCAUCGAUGCACUUAUUGAUGAAGCCAGUGACUGAUGUGGUGUACUCCUCAAUGCUGUCUGAAGAAUCCCGGAACAUGUUCCAGUCUGUGCUAGCAAAACAGUCCUGUAGCUUAGCAUCUGCGUCAUCUGACCACUUUUUUAUUAGCCGAAUCACUGGUGCUUCCUGCUUCAGUUUUUGCUUAUAAGCAGGAAUCAGGAGGAUAGAGUUAUGGUCAGAUUUGCCAAAUGGAGGGCGAGGGAGAGCUUUGUAUGCGUCUCUGUGUGUGGAGUAAAGGUGGUCUAGAGUUUUUUCCCCUCUGGUUGCACAUUUAACAUGCUGGUAGAAAUUAGGUAGAACGGAUUUAAGUUUCCCUGCAUUAAAGUCCCCUGCUACUAGGAGCGCUGCAUCUGGAUGAGCGUUUUCCUGUUGAUUAAUGGCCUUGUACAACUCAUUCAGUGCAAUCUUAAUGCCAGCAUUGGUUUGUGGUGGUAAAUAGACAGCUAUGAAAAAUAUAGAUGAAAACUCUCUUGGUAAAUAGUGUGGUCUACAGCUUAUCAUAAGAUACUCUACCUCAGGCGAGCAAAACCUUGAGACUUCCUUAGUAUUUGAUUUUGUGCACCAGCUGUUGUUUACAAAUAUACAGAGACCGCCACCCCUCGUCUUACCCGAGUCUGCCGUUCUGUCCUGCCGAUGUAGCGUAUAGCCUGCUAGCUGAAUGUUAUCAUUGUCGUCGUUCAGCCACGACUCCGUGAAACAUAAGAUAUUACAGUUUUUAAUGUCCCGUUGGUAAGGAUAACCGUAAUCUUAAAUCGUCCAUUUUAUUCUCCAAAGCUUGAACGUUGGCUAAUAGGAUUGAUGGGAGAGGCAGUUUACCUCGUUCGCCGUCGGAUCCUUACAAGGCACCCGGAUCUGGCUUCCACGAUAUCUCCGUCUCCUUCCCUCACGCGAAUGACGGGGAUCUGGGCCUUGUCGGGAGUCUGUAGAAUAUCCUUCGCGAACGCCUCGUUGAAGAAAAAGUGUUCGUCCAACGCGAGGUGAGUAAUCGCUGUCCUGAUAUCCAGAAGCUCUCUUUGGUUAUAAGAGACGAUGGCAAAACAUUAUGUACAAAAAUAAAUUACAAAUAACGCGGAAAAAACACACAUAAUAGUACAAUUGGUUAGAGGGCUGUAAAACGGCAGCCAUCUUCUUGUACCAGUGUACCAGUGAUUUUAUAUUAAAUACAAUUAUCAACUGCUUUAAUUGUCUUUGAAGGAGAGGUGACAUCCAUUUCAAAAUGUGUUGAUGAUUAAACAACCUUGUUGACCUUUUCUCCUCCUCCAUAGAAACUCCAGCAGAGGGUAGUGGUGGUGUCAUUCGGUGACAUCGAGUCUAACUACUACACCGUACAGAUCACCUGGAUCCCCCUGUCCUCCAGACCUACUGGCAGAUAAACAUGGACAGGUAGGUACACUAUCCACACGAGCCAUAUCCUGGUCCAUAUCCAUACCAAUAAUCAUGUAUCAUCCCUUCAUGCCAUUACCCAGAACACAUUGGAACAGUUACAUAAAAUGAACCAUGCCCACUUCCGGUCUGGAGCCUAUGACAAAAUCUUGCUGUGCACUUCGCAAGUUCAUGUUUAUUUGCUACACAACAAAAACCCAACAGCACGAAAUAUACAUACAACCAAAAGACAGGUAAACUCAGCUAAUAUUUGUCCUUCAGUGUUACCAUCAACGGCAACACAGUGCUUGCAAUGGUGGCUGUCAGGCUAUCAUAGAUAAAUGGACCUCCCUGAUCGUGGGCCACCAGGACUCACAAAAUGAAAAUGGGUCGGAGCACCACUGACCAGUAUGGAGAUGUGAGUCACACCACAAUACUAGCGCAAGAUUUUUUUAAAAAAAAAAAGGGGGGGGGAAAAAAAAAAAAACAAAAAAAAAAAAAAAAAAAAAAAAAAAAAAAAAAAACCCCCAAAAAAAAAAAAAAAAAAAAAAAAAAAAAAAAAAGGGGGGGGAAAAAAAAAAAAACCCCCCCCGGGGGGGGGGAAAAAAAAAAAAAAAAAAAAAGGGGGGGGGGUUUUUUUUUUUUUUUUUUUUAAAAUUUAAAACCCCCCCGGUUUUUUUUUUUUAAAAAAAAACCCCCCCCCGGGGGUUCCCCCCCGGGGGGGUUUUUUAAAAAACCCCUUUUGGUUUUUUUCCCUUUAAAAAACCCCCCAAAAAUUUUUUUUUUGGGGGGGGGGUUUUUUUCCCCGGGGGGGGGGGGGGGCCCCCUUGGCCCCCGGGCCUGGGGAAAAAAAGGGGGGGGCCCCCACCCCCCCAAAAAAACCUUUUAAAAUUUUUUUUUGGGGGGGCCCCCCUUCCUUUUCCAAAAAAAAAAAUUUUAAAAUUUUUUUUUUUGCCCCGGGGGGGGGAAAAGGGGGAAAAAAUUUUUUUUUUCCCCCCAAAAAAAAAACCCCCCCCCAAAAAAAAUAAAAAAAAAAAAAAAGGUCCCCCGGGUUUUUUUCCCCCUUUUCAAAAAAAAGGGGGGGUUUUUAAAUUUUUUUAAAAAAAAAAACCCCCCCGGCCCGGGGCCAACCCAAAAGGGGUUCCCCAAAAAAUUUUUGGGGGGGGAAAAAAAAAAAGGGGGGUUUUUUCCCCAAAAAAAAAAAAAAAAGGCCCCCCCCAAAAAAAACCCCCCCCCAAAAAAAACCCCCCAAAAAAGGGGGUCCCCCCUUUUUUGGGAAAAAAAAAAAAGAAAAAGGGGGGGGGGAAAAAAAAGCAGCACCUGGCACACCCGUUUUGACAACAUGUGACAGGGCUGGUGCAGACCUUCUCUCUACGACGUAACAUCGGUACACACCGAUGGACGGUCAUUUCCUAGUGUACCAGUGAUUUUAUAUUAAAACAAUUAUACAACUGCUUUAAUUGUCUUUGAAGGAGAGGUGACAUCCAUUUCAAAAGUGUUGAUGAUUAACACAACCUUGUUGACCUUUUCUCCUCCUCCAAUAGAAACUCAGCAGAGGUAGUGUGGUGUCAUUCGGUGACAUCGAGUCUAACUAUACACCGGACAGAUCACCUGGAUCCCCCUGUCCUCCGAGACCUACUGGCAGAUUAAACAUGGACAGGUAGGUACACUAGUCCACACAGAGCCCAUAUCCUGGUCCGUAUCCAUACCAAUAUUCAGUAUCAUCCCUUCAUGACCAUUACCCCCAGAACACAUGGAACAGUACAUUAAAAUGAACAUGCCUACUUCCAGUCUGAAGCCUAUGACAAAAUCUUGCCUGGGCACUUAGCAAGUUCAUGUUUAUGUGCUCAUAACAAAAACCCAAACAGCAAGAAAUAUACAUCAACCAAAAUAUAGGAAGAACAUGUAAACUCAGCUAAUAUUUUGUCCUUCCAGUGUUUACCAUCAACGGCAACACAGUGGCUUGCAAUGGUGGCUGUCAGGCUAUCAUAGAUACUGGUACCUCCCAGAUCGUCGGGCAACCAGUGACAAUCAACAACAUGAACAGCUGGGUCGGAGCCACCACGACCAGUAUGGAGAUGUGAGUCACACACACACUGACUGGUACAGACAUGUUCAACUAUAAGGCUUUUCACACUACUGAGCGGAACCAAGCCAGCCAAACAAUCUGCACUAAGCUGCCUGGUCUUGUUAGUUGUUGGAACGAACGUGUUAAAAAGAAACAGUGGGAAGAGCAAAUAUCUGAACCUAUUGUGGUUGGGGCGGCAUGGUUGUGUGAAAAGGGUAUACAUCUGUUCUCAUUGUUGUUUUUUCCCUCAAUCACUGCCUCCCCUUUGAUCAAUGUAUGCACUCACUAACUGUAAGUCGCUCUGGAUAAGAGUGUCUUCUAAAUGACUAAAAUGUCAAAUGUAAUCAACCACAGAAUAAACUAGAACAUUUUUAUUCCCUCUCCUAGGCCACCGUGAACUGCAACAACAUUCCCAGCAUGCCCGAGGGGACCUUCACCCUCAACGGAAACGCCUUCACCAUCUCUGCCUCCGCCUACACCUCCCAGGUAGUCUACUGAAAUACAUGUUGUUACAUAUAACCUAUGACCUCCCAGGUAGUCUACUAAAAUACAUGUUGAUACAUACAACCUAUGACCUCCCAGGUAGUCUACUGAAAUACAUGUUGUUACAUACAACCUAUGACCUCCCAGGUAGUCUACUGAAAUACAUGUUGUUACAGAUAACCUAUGACCUCCCAGGUAGUCUACUGAAAUACAUGUUGUUACAUAUAACCUAUGACCUCCCAGGUAGUCUACUGAAAUACAUGUUGUUACAUAUAACCUAUGGACCUCCCAGGGUAGUCUACUAAAAGACAUGUUGUUUGACAUACACCUAUGACCUCCCAGGUAGUCUACUAAAAUACAUGUUGAUACAUACAACCUAUCUGCCCUAUCUGAUCUGUAAUGCUGAUGUGUUUCAGAGCAAGCUCCUUCAUCAGAGCACCUGUACAUCUGAGACUUGACCUUUCUUUUAGAUCCUAGGAGCAAAGGGCCUCAUAUGCCUGAUUUUCUUCCUCUUCCUCUCUCUAUCUCUGUAGAAUUCCAACGGCUGCAUGACUGGUUUUGGAAAUGGUGGAACUCAGCAGCUCUGGAUCCUUGGAGAUGUCUUCAUCAGGCAAUACUAUGCCAUCUUUGACAGGCAGAACAACAGUGUCGGUCUGGCCCAGGCUGCGUAAGAUAUCCACUGAGAGAUCCACUAGAUCUACAGAGAUCCACUGAUCCCAAAGAUCCUUAAGGGCUAGAUGUAAUCUGUACUGCGUAAGUACUGUGUUAUAGUGGGAUUGAAAUUGAAAAGUAAUUUAUGAUUGAGCCGACAUAUGCAGCAUUUACCGUGAAUGCAGUCUCUGCUAACGCGAGAACAUUGCCUUUAAAUUUAAAUCAUACUAUAGCGCAGAUGUUCCAAAGUCUGGAUUGAAUCUAGGCCCAAGUCUUCCAGUUAUGUUAUAUAUGUGAUUA